UCUGGUUUACUCUUCAUAAUGGCAUUUAUGUUAUAAUUACACCAUCUUCUGCAUUACCAAGUCAUUAUGGCCCUUAAGGAAGAUAGCUUGUGCCAAUUAUGUCUGUGAAGGGUACAAGUCCAAGGAAGUUGGAGUGAUUACAAGAUGCAUCCGAGGUGGCAACCGUUGUGCUGCAGCUGACUAGAUGCUUCUCAUGUGGCCCCAGUGUCUGCAGGUUUACUGCUUACUUGUGUUAAAAGUUUUAAAAGUGCCAGAAUAAAUAGAUAAGAGCACAGUAAAUAAAUCAGGCUGGGUCUUAGUGAAAAAGAGAGGCCAAGCCAUAUUUGAAGUGGGUUGGGCCACAGUAUGGACUCUGCGCGGCUGCCUACUGACACGCGCAACAUCCCCCACAUGCAGCUCUUCCAUCACUUGAAGCAGAAAUUUCCUGACCUGAAGGACAAUGAUGUCAAUGAAAGCAUUCAGAAGGUACAUCAGGACCUGCAGUGGUGGCCCCUUCAGACUCAUGGCCAGCUCUACGGCACACAACUCCAGUGUCCAGUCGUUUGCCUUCACCAGCAGCUUGAACUGCGGCAGUAUGGGCUUGACCGUGAACGUUGUGAAGAAGAGCUGUCUCAGAAGGCAAACAUCCAUCAUGGCGGUUAUUAUGGCCCAUGGGGUCGUUCUAGCAGUGGAUUGUCGUCACCCUCACAUUCACGGGUCACCUCCCCUAUUCGAACAGGAAUACCAUCCACACCUACCACACCUGUUAUUACUACAACCACUCCAACUACUCAAAUGUUGCAUCACUCUACUGCAACACACCAUGUAUUUGGACCAUUACAGUCGAGUGGAUACCUAGUGUAUAGUUAUGGCCCUGGAAUGGUAGCAGGUCCAGGGCCAGUUUACACAUCACCCAUCACAACUACUGUACCUACUAGCCCUGUGUUUUACCAACCACCAAUCAAUAGUCCAAUAAGUUAUGGGUGGCACCCAUCUGUUUCUAAUGGACUUAGGGCAGCGGGUAUACAGCCACCUCCAAGACACUUACAAGGGGGCUGCAGUAGACAGGACACUCCAUAUUGUUCUCAUGAAUCUUCAAAGUCUCGUUCCAGUACGCCAGUUAUGCCUAAUUCAGCACCAGUUGUACCUAAUUCCUUUGACCCAUUCAGUGGUUAUGAAACUAAAGAUCCACCAGAACGUCGAAAAAGUGCGGAUACCUUUUAUGGAGGAAGAAGAGGACUUUCUUAUAAUUUACAGGAAAUGGAACAACAAUUUGAAAGAUUAAGUAAUAGUCCACAUCAUUCCUCAAAUACUCUAUUAAAUAAUAUCAUAGACUCUCCCUCAUCUCCAUCAGCAACAACCACAACAGUAACAACCACGACCAGCAACUGUACAAAUCCGGGAAACACCAGUGGUGGCGGCAGCAGCAGCAGCAGUCGACCUCCACCAGCACUGGUGCAAGAACAGAUUAUACGCAAGCAAAAGUUGGAGGCAGAGUUGGCAAAGCAAAUUGAAGAGAAAAGUACAUUACAGACCGAGGUAGAAAUGAUGAUACGGGAAUUAAAUGCUAGGGAGCAACAACGUAAACUUAACGCCGACACUAAUACUCUGAGAAUUGAAGAAGUACAACGGGAAAAUCAGCGAUUACAAUCUGAGUGCUAUGAAAUGGAAAAUAAAAUUUUACGCCUUGCACCCGACAUGGAAUCGGAAGGAUACUCAAACUUGCCCUCCGCCCAACCUUACAAUGAAGUGCCUGCAGCCUCUCAGCUAACUAGAGCAAGUUCUGGAUCAAGUUUGGGCAGUGGAACAGGCUCGCCACAGACACCACAGACACCCCUCAUACCUCACAUGACUCACAUACCCCAUACAUCACAUGCUCCUUAUAUUCCACCUCGACCUGCUGCUCCACCACCGCCACCACCACCGCCACCACCACCGCCAACUUCAGUCCCCAAUCAUAGUUACCAUGAAUUUCAGGGAGUGCACAGUGAAACAGUAGAUGAGAUUGGUCCAAAGUGGGGAUGUACCAAGUGCACCUUCAUCAAUCAUCCAGAUAUGAACAAGUGCGAGAUGUGCGACUAUCCACGCUUCACCAUAGGUACGACUCCUUACCAUCAUGCAGCUCUUCCCCCAAACCACCAGGGCCCCUGCUACUGUCACCGCCAUCAUACUCCAGGUUCUGUUGCAGGUUCCAUAGGGGCAGCUGCUGCUUACUCACCUCAGCGCUCCUGCUCCUCUCUUCCAUCACUUAAUAACAAACCAAGCUUAGCUAACAUUCUUAAAGAAAAGCUAAUUGGGAUGCGUGAUCGUUCUGACAGUGUAUGAUAGUAUAUCAGCUUGACCAUAAUAAUGUAUUGUGAUUUGAAUAUUAUUUUAAUUCUAAUCCUACAUAAUCUUCCUAAUUCUCCUUGCUACGUACAGUAUAUCAUUUUCCUUGUACUAAUACACUAUCGGAUACAUCUUAUAGUUUCUUUAACAUAGCUAUUAAUAUUAUUCUAAUUCCACUUACAUGGGAUGCAGCAAGUGCAUUAAACCUUACAGAAUAUAAAAAAAUAAGUAAAAUAAAUAGUAGAUAGCUUAAGCAAUAAUUAUAACCUAAAAUGCAUGUUACGGUCAAAAUUCUUCAGUAUUAGAAAUGUAUAUAUAUAUUAAGAAGUAUCUUAGUCACUGAAGUAUCUUAUAUUUUGUCUUCCAUUAAUUGUAAAAUUGUCAUUAUGAGAAAUAAUGCAUGCAUUUGUGGAUGUACAUGUGGCAAAGGAGAGGGAUUUACAGAGAGUGAUGGUUUAGUAUGUGAGGAUCUCAACACAAUGCAUGGGAGAUGAAACUCUCACAUAAGAAAAUGUUGAGGAUACAAACAAAGAUUGACACAUUAAAUUUUACGAAUGUGAUACCAAACAAUGACAAUGCAUCUGACAAAUCCAUAAUCCUAAUUGACUUUAUAUGAGCAUGCUAGCAAUGACUUUUUCACUGUCCCAGGUCCAGAUGCACACAACUCCAUAUUUGUAAAAAAAAAAAAAAAAAAAAAAAAAAAAGCCUUAAAUAGCCUAUGGAGAUAUGUAGACAGGUGUCAUCCCACAAUCACUAAACCAUGAUAUGUAGUCUACCCUUUAAGAAGUGGCAGCAGAGUAGUAAAAAAAAACUAGAUUUAUAA